GUAAAACAAAAAUAAAGCAAGUGGAUUGAAGUUUCCAGAAGUUGAUAACAAACAAGUUUCUAGGAUUGUUUCUCGGGAAAAGCAGCAGCGAUUUUGACUAAAAGUGAAAUUUGAGUUGAGGUUUGUUUCUUUGCUGCGAGGAUUCAAAGAAAUGGAGUUGUAGUAGUUGCAAACGAAACCGAGAUUCGCGCCGAAUCCGAUAUUUUUCUGGAUCUGUUGAAAUUCCGGCGACUACAGAGUUUUCCGAUGAGAAUGGCCAGAAUAUAAAAAGAUCCCCUUGAUUUUCUGAACUUUUAUAAAAAUGGAGAAAAGCUUAGACUCAGAGCUGUGGCACGCUUGCGCCGGCGGGAUGGUGAAGAUGCCACCGGUAAGUUCAAAAGUAUUCUACUUUCCACAAGGCCACGCCGAGCACGCCUCCUCUUCCGCCGUCGUCGAUUUUACUCACCUCCCUAGGAUCCCGCCGUUGAUUCUCUGUAACGUUACCUCCGUCAAAUUCCUCGCAGACCCCAAAACCGACGAUGUUUACGCGAAAAUCGGUUUGAUUCCAAAUUCUUCAGGAACCGGAUUAGAUCAAGAACAGGUGUUGGAUGACAAUGUUAAGCAGCCGCCGGUUUCUUUUGCUAAGACGCUGACUCAGUCUGAUGCUAACAACGGAGGCGGAUUCUCGGUGCCGCGGUAUUGCGCAGAUACGAUAUUUCCACGGCUAGAUUUCACGGCUGACCCGCCGGUUCAGAACAUUGUAGCUAAAGACAUCCACGGCGAGACGUGGAAGUUCAGACAUAUAUACCGUGGGACCCCGCGCCGCCAUUUGCUGACGACGGGUUGGAGUGCUUUUGUGAACCACAAGAGACUCAUGGCUGGAGACUCCGUUGUGUUCUUGAGAGCGGUUAGUGGCGAUCUCUGCAUCGGAGUUAGGAGGAUGAAGUCCCACGGUGAGAUGAAGACAUCUUCCAGCGGUUGGAGCGGCUUGUCGGAUUCUUGUUUCUCUGCGUUUAUGAUUAAAAAUGCAAACGGUGGUUGCGGUUCGAGAGUUAGCGCUGAGAUGGUUGUUGAAGCGGCUUUAAAGGCCGCGAGUGGGAAGGCGUUUGAGGUGCUUUAUCACCCGAGAAUGAGCACACCGGAGUUUUGCGUUAUGGCAGGAACGGUGAGGCAAGCAAUGAUGGUUCGAUGGUGCGGUGGGAUGAGGUUUAAGAUGGCGUUUGAAACCGAGGAUUCCUCGCGGAUAAGCUGGUUUAUGGGAAACGUUUCAGCCGUUCGACCCGCGGAUACUAUCCACUGGCCCGAUUCUCCUUGGAGGCUUCUUGAAGUGGCGUGGGACGAGCCCGAGAUGCUGCAAAACGUUAAACGAGUGAGUCCAUGGCUCGUGGAACCUGUCUCUAUCAUACCUGCUUUGGACCUCUCUCCAUUCUCACCACCGUUUAAGAGGCCUAGACUGCUUCAACCGCCGGAUUUCUCAAUCAACCCCAACGAGUUUCCGAUUCCGAAAUUCGCUUCAAACUUAUUCGGGUCAAGAAACUUUCUAACCGGAUACCACAACAACAACAACAACAAUGUUCCUGUUGGCAUGCAGGGAGCCAGGCACACUCAAUUCAACAAUUCCAAGUUUCAAUCAUCCGCUAGACCAGCCUCAGCAACUAACAUAAGCGAUAACAACGUUUCUUGUUUGCUAACAAUGGCUCAAAACAACUCGAUCAAGAACAAAGAGGAGCCGAAAGUACCGCCGCGGUUUGUUCUUUUCGGAAGGCCAAUCCUCACCGAGCAAGAAAUCUCAGUACUCCAUCAUGAGAAAACAUCUUCUAACGAUUGUUCUUUUAACUUGGAGACAACGAGACAUUGUAAAGUGUUCAUGGAGGCUGAGGAUGUUGGACGAACACUAGACCUAUCGGUUCUCAGAUCUUACAAUGCGCUCCGCGAGAAGCUCAGUCAAAUGUUCAAGUUAGAAAACCCGGUGAUGCUACAUAACGUCAUGUAUUACGAUAGUCAAGGUGAAUUCAAACACGUAACAGAUCAUGAACCGUUCAGGGAGUUUGCGAGAACGGCUCGUAAAUUAAAGAUUCAGAUGGAUUCAACAACGUCUAGAAAUUCUUAGCUAGAGGCCAGAACUUGUUCUUUGUUUUUAUGGAAAAUCACGGACCGGUUCAAACAUAUACCAAACGGUUCGGAUUUGAAUGCAGUUUCCACUGAUUAGGAAUAAGAGUAGCUUUUUUUUAUGGAUUAGCGUUAACUUAUGCCAAUGUGUAUAUAUACCAAAAACUCAACAGCGUGUCUUGUCUUUGAUUAUAGAAACUCUAGGUUAUUAUUGUAAUUUAGUAAAAAUUUGGGUUAAAAAUGGAGUUUUCAUGACAAUUUAGUUACUCUACUAGCUGUCGUUUUGGUUCUGGCUG